AUGCCUCUGGAGAAGUUCCAGAGCGGACUACAGCUGCUAGAGCUCAUUUAUACCUGCGUCCUGGCUCAUCAAGCUGCGACGAAUGACGCGAACACGGUCCACUGCGACAUCAGUAGUGGAAACAUCCUCAUACUGCCCUUGCGUAUGCUCGAACCCGGCACGAACAGGACGGUGAUAAAGUGGUGGGGUUAUCUCUCCGACUGGGAAUUGGCGCGCCCGGUGGGGGUUAAGCUGUCGCGCGACGGUGCAAUGUCGCAUGAUCACAUGGGCACAUGGCAAUACCAGUCGCUCGCCAUGUUGAACCAACCGACGAAAGUGGUCGAAACCUCAGACGAACUCGAGUCCUUCUUCCAUGUAGUACUCUACUACGCCGUGCGGUACCUGGUCUCCAACUGCGCGGAUGUGGCAAGUUUCAUCAAGAGGUUCUUCGAUUCCUACAUCGUGGAGGACAGUGUGUACUUUUGCGGUGGAACAAAGCGUACAAGCAUGUUCCUUGGCCAGCUGAAGUUGGACAACCAAACGACAAAAGGCCUGGUGUUCAACUCCCCCCUGGACGCAUUCUUUUCGCAUCUUCUCCACCUGUUCAAGGCCCACUACGCCGUGAGGAAUUACGACAAGGCCCAACUUGAAUCCGAGGAGGCUCCGACACCACGUCCAAUUGUCCAUCCGCCGCAAUUCCGAUCGAGCAUCUCCAAGUGGGUCAAGGGCCCAGCCUCACCGGUGGUACUGUGGACGAGCGACAGCUCCGAUCCGCCGCCGGACUUGGGGCAGCGUGCGGUCGCCCCCCUAGUCCAAAACCAUCAAUGUAUGCUACAAGCGUUGUCGGCCGCAAUGAAGCUGAAGUGGCCGGAUGGCGAUCGGGUUAUGGGCGACAAUGUCGAAUUUUGCAAGCACGAGCCCCUGCCACUGGCCAUCGUCGACUCUGCCCAGUCGGUGGGUACCAACAAGCGAUGUCGCACCGACAAGACCCCCGUUUCCGCCCCCGUUCUCUCCGUCCACUCCGUGCCCCUUCCCGGGCCGUAG